CCGGGAACUGAUACCAAAAUUGGACCGAAUUCGCCACCAACAAGUUUUCUCUUUACAGGCCCCCUCGCGAUGUGUCAUUUCUAGGUUGAGCUUGUUAUCCAGCCAAAGCACUAUGAUCUUGGGCCAUUUGCCAUGUUAGACACUGAUGGCUCUCUAAAAUAGUAAGUGGAAUAGUAUAUUCCCACUGAAAAUGGCUUUGAGCCCUUGACCACCUUCUUUUUAUCCUGGUGAUGCAUUUCAUCAUCUGAUCCCAUUAUACAUCUGGUGAGUGCUCCGGCUUUCCGGCCCCGGUUUCGUGAUUAACUCGGUGGAGGUGAAUAUGGGUGGUCUGGCAGUGCCAUGGGGCAAUAUAGUGCAUUUUUCUGGUGCUGGUGAAGAUAGGGCAACAGAACAGAGUAGAGGGAGUGGAAGGUGCAGUGGUAGCUGGCAGGUCAUCGUCUCUGAAAAUGUUAACAGAGGAAAGCAACUUUGGGUUGUCUCCAAAUCACAUACCAAUUAAAGUAUUAAACACAGCGUUUGAAAACGACAUUAGCCUUUUCCUACGAUCUUGUAGGAGUAUAAAUUUUUAAUCAAGAAAGAAUUGAAUAAAUGUUCUAAAUUUUGUGUGUUCCAUUCCAUCGUGUGGACCUGAAGUCCAAUACUGAACUACUGAAGAAGGGAGUUCAGAGUUCAAACAGAGCAGACAAGUGAGGGGCUUGAAAAACAGAAGGGUCCUCCGAAGCACAGAUAUUCAGUGCAGCACCAAGAACCCAUGUAAUCAACAUCUUCAGAGAUCAUCUGCCAGCACCAUCUAUUAGCAAUGAGAAGGCACAUCCUUGUCUGCCUCCCUCUGAUCACACUCCUCUCCCUCUUCCUGAGCUCGAGCUGCCAAAUCGACCCCCAGACACAAGCCCUCCUCCAAUUCAAGGCCGGCCUGAACGAUCCUCUAAACCACCUCGCGUCAUGGACGAACGCCACCUUGCCGUGCCACUUCUUCGGCGUCCGGUGCGGCGACGGCUCCGCCACGGUCACCGAGAUCUCGCUCUCGACCAUGAACCUCUCCGGCGGGAUCUCGCCGUCAGUCGGCGCCCUGCGCGACCUGACGCGGCUGGAGCUCGACUCCAACUCGCUGUCGGGGCCCGUGCCGCCUGAGCUGGGCGGGUGCACUCAGCUCCGGUUCCUGAACCUGUCGUGCAACGUCCUCUCCGGGGAGCUGCCGGACUUGUCGUCGCUAGCGGCGCUCGAGGUUCUCGACAUAGCGAGCAAUGGCUUCACCGGGCGGUUCCCGGCGUGGGUCGGCAACCUAUCCGCCCUCACCACGCUCAGCGUCGGCAUGAACAGCUACGACCAAGGGGAGACGCCGCCGAGCAUCGGCAACCUCAAGAACCUGACUUACCUGUACCUGGCGGGCAGCAGCUUGACGGGGAUGAUGCCGGACUCCAUCUUCAGGCUCACCGCGCUGGAGACGCUGGACAUGUCGACGAACAACCUCGCCGGCGCGAUCCCGGCGGCCAUCGGCAACCUCCGGAACCUGUGGAAGAUCGAGCUGUACAAGAACAACCUCACCGGCGAGCUCCCCCCGGAGCUCGGGAAGCUGACCAAGCUCCGGGAGAUCGACGUGUCCUGGAACCAGCUCAACGGUGGGAUCCCGGCGGCGUUCGCCGCGCUCAGGGGCUUUACAGUGAUCCAGCUCUACCACAACAACCUGUCCGGCCCGAUCCCGGAGGAAUGGGGCGACCUGCGGUCGCUGACGAGCUUCUCCAUCUACGAGAACGGGUUCACCGGCGAGUUCCCGGCCAACUUCGGCCGGUUCUCGCCGCUCAACAGCGUCGACAUCUCCGAGAACGGCUUCACGGGUCCGUUCCCGAGGUUCUUGUGCCAUGGCAAGAACCUCCAGUACCUCCUCGCUCUUCAGAACGGCUUCUCCGGCGAGUUCCCAGAGGAGUACUCGGCGUGCAAGAGCCUGCAGCGCUUCCGGAUCAACAAGAACCAGUUCACCGGCAGCCUCCCGGAGGGUCUGUGGGGGCUCCCCGCGGCGACGAUCAUCGACGUCUCCGACAACGGGUUCACCGGAACCAUGUCGCCGCUGAUCGGCCAGGCGCAGAACCUGAACCAGCUGUGGCUGCAGAACAACAACCUCGGCGGCGCGAUACCGCCGGAGAUCGGCCGGCUCGGGCAGGUGCAGAAGCUCUACCUGUCCAACAACUCGUUCUCCGGCUCGAUCCCGGCGGAGAUCGGGAGCCUGUCGCAGCUGACGGCGCUGCACCUGGAGGACAACGCGCUGACCGGCGCGUUGCCGGCGGACAUCGGCGGCUGCGUCAGGCUCGUCGAGAUCGACGUCUCCCGGAACGCGCUGACGGGGUCGGUCCCGGCCUCGCUGUCGCUGCUGUCGUCGCUCAACUCGCUGAACCUGUCGCACAACCAGCUCGCCGGGGCGAUCCCGACGAGCCUCCAGGCGCUUAAGCUCAGCUCCGUCGACUUCUCCUCGAACCGGCUGACCGGGAACGUGCCGCCGGGGCUGCUGGUGAUCACCGGCGACCGGCCGUUCGCGGGGAACCCCGGGCUCUGCGUGGACGGCAGGUCCGAGCUCGGCGGCGUCUGCAACGUGGACGGCGGCCACAAGGGCGGCCUCGCCAGGAGGUCGGCCGUGCUCGUGCCAGUCCUCAUCGCCGCGACGCUGCUGCUCGUGGCCGGCAUCCUGUUGGUGAGCUACAGGAGCUUCAAGCUGGAGGAGCUCAGUAGGCGCGACCUGGAGCGCGGCGGCUGCGGGCAGUGGAAGCUGGAGUCGUUCCACCCGCUGGAGCUGGACGCCGACGAGAUCUGCGGCGUCGGGGAGGAGAGCCUGAUCGGGUCGGGCGGCACGGGGCGCGUGUACCGGCUGCAGCUCAAGGGCCGCGGCGGCGUGGUGGCCGUGAAGCGGCUGUGGAAGGGCAACGCGGCGCGGGUGAUGGCGGCAGAGAUGGCCAUCCUCGGCAAGGUCCGGCACCGGAACAUCCUCAAGCUGCACGCGUGCCUGUCGCUCGGCGAGCUCCACUUCAUCGUCUACGAGUACAUGCCGCGGGGCAACCUCCACCAGGCGCUCCGGCGGGAGGCCAAGGGCAGCGGCCGCCCGGAGCUGGACUGGCCGCGGCGGUGCAGGAUCGCCCACGGCGCCGCCAAGGGGCUCAUGUACCUCCACCACGACUGCACGCCGGCUAUCAUCCACCGCGACAUCAAGUCCACCAACAUCCUCCUCGACGAGGACUACGAGGCCAAGAUCGCCGACUUCGGCAUCGCCAAGAUCGCCGAGGACUCCUCCGACUCCGAGUUCAGCUGCUUCGCCGGAACCCACGGCUACCUCGCCCCCGAGCUGGCCUACUCGCUCAAGGUGACGGAGAAGACGGACGUGUACAGCUUCGGCGUGGUGCUGCUGGAGCUGGUCACCGGGCGGAGCCCGAUCGACCCGCGCUUCGGCGAGGGCAGGGACAUCGUCUCCUGGCUGUCCGGCAAGCUCGCCGCGGAGAGCCUCGACGACGUCCUGGACCCGCGCGUCGCGGCGACGGCCAGGGAGCGGGAGGACAUGCUCAAGGUGCUCAGGAUCGCCGUGCUCUGCACCGCCAAGCUCCCCGCUGGGCGGCCGACCAUGAGGGACGUGGUGAAGAUGCUUACCGACGCCGGCGCGGGGCCCUGCAGCCCGCGCGGGCAGCCGCCGGCGAGGAUCUGCAGCACCAAGAGCUGCCGCUGAAUUUUUGGAGCAGGCUCUGCCGAUUGCCCACCCACGGAUGCUUCUGCUCCUGCAUUGAGCUCCGAACUGUGAUUUUACUGAUGUCCUUCGUGACAGAACCAACUAUAGGGUCAUGUACCUGCAGGUAUUUUGUACAAUUAUAAUUGAAAGUGCCUACUCCUUGCAUUAGCCAUAUUUUGGACGAAAAAAAUCUAAAUUAUAUUUUUGGCCUCUAAUUUCUCCAACAAUGUAGUAGUACGUACAAUUGCUGUAAAAUCGUACUACUUUAACAGUAUUUGAAAUAUAUAUCGAAUGAACUUUGUACGGUAAA